CCGCUGUGGCACCGAGGCGGGCUCUUUGGCGGGUGCCUGCUCUCCAUCAUGUGGAGGGACCUUCUGGCCAACCGGAACUACCUGCUUGCCUUCCUGAUCCCCCUGGUCUUCCUGCCCCUGCCCUUGGUCCUGCCGCACAAGGAAGCAGGAUGCGGUUACACUAUCAUCCUCAUGGCUCUCUUAUGGUGCACCGAGGCUUUGCCGUUGGCCGUCACGGCUCUGCUGCCGGUCCUGCUCUUCCCAAUGAUGGGCAUCAUGGACUCCACUUCGGUGUGCAAGGAGUACCUGAAGGACACCAACAUGCUCUUCCUUGGCGGCCUGUUGGUGGCGGUCGCGGUGGAGCACUGCAACCUCCACAAACGCAUCGCUUUGCGGGUCCUCUUGAUCGUGGGGGUCAGGCCUGCCUUGCUCCUGAUGGGCUUUAUGGUCGUCACGGCCUUCCUCUCCAUGUGGAUCAGCAACACCGCCACCACCGCCAUGAUGAUGCCCAUUGCCCAGGCCGUGUUGAACCAGCUCCACAAGACGGAGCAAGAGACGACCGAACCCGAGACAACGGAGAAGGCAAACAGCAACAUCAAUCCGGCCUUUGAACUGCAGGAACAAGCAAAUGGACACAUUGUGACCGUGGAGAAGGGCAGACUGCCCGAAACGGACUAUCGGAAGCUGGAGGAGAAGCACCGCAAGACCUGCAAAGGGAUUAACCUGGCGAUCUGCUACUCGGCCAGCAUCGGGGGCCUGGCCACCUUGACCGGGACCACCCCCAAUUUGGUGCUGAAAGGGCAGGUGGACGAGCUCUUUCCAAACAACGGCAACGUGGUCAACUUUGCCUCCUGGUUCGGCUUUGCCUUCCCCACCAUGGUCAUCCUCCUGGUCCUCUCCUGGAUAUGGCUGACGGGGUUGUUCCUGGGCUUUGGUUUCAGGAAGAGUUUCGGCUGGAGGGCCAGCGAAUCGGAGCGGUGCCGCUCGAAAGCAGCCUACGGGGUCAUCCGGAAGGAGUACGACGCUUUGGGGCCCAUGAGGUUCUCCGAAAGCAUCGUUCUGGGCCUCUUCGUGGUCCUGGUCCUCCUCUGGUUUACCAGGGAGCCUGGUUUCAUGCCUGGUUGGGCCGGAGCCCUUUUCAACAAAGACGGAAAAAGUUACGUGACGGACGCCACGGUGGUCAUCUUCAUUGCCCUGCUGAUGUUCGUGAUCCCUUCCGAGCUCCCUCGUUGUGGCGUCUCCAGAAGGGAAGGGCAACCAAGGGCCAUUCCGCCCCUUUUGGACUGGCCAACUGUCCACAAGAACAUGCCCUGGAACAUCGUCAUCCUUCUGGGAGGAGGCUUUGCCUUGGCCAAAGGCUGCGAGGAGUCUGGCUUCUCGAACUGGCUGGCGAGCCAACUGAGCCCCCUGCAGAGCAUCCCGCACCCGGCCAUCGUCUUCCUGAUGUGCCUCCUGAUCGCGGUCUUCACCGAGUGCACCAGCAACGUGGCCACCACCACCCUCUUCCUCCCCAUCAUGGCCUCCAUGGCGCAGGCCAUCUGCCUCAACCCGCUCUACGUGAUGCUGCCUUGCACCCUGGCCGCCUCCUUGGCCUUCAUGCUCCCCGUGGCCACCGCCCCCAACGCCAUGGUCUUCGCCUACGGACAGCUCCGCGUCAUCGACAUGGUCAAGGCCGGCUGCAUGCUCAACCUCUUCGGCAUCCUGACGGUCACCUUUGCCAUCAACACCUGGGGCUUCCCGAUGUUUGACCUCCACCGCUUCCCUUCCUGGGCCAAUGGGACCAGCGGUCAGUGCUGACUUCUCUGGUCACGGACUGGGAUGGCUGGGACCCCGCUUUUGGGGGGAUCUGAGUUCAAAUCCUGCCUUGUAGCGGCCACGGAUGAGAUGUCCGGACACAUGUGCAGAGCGCAAACGGCUUCCAGGUCGGCUGCUGUGCCGUCUAGACUUCGGGCAAACUACAGAGCCCAUCUUCCUGUUUAUUGGGUGGUUUGGCCACGUUGGCAUAUUCCUGGAGUUUCCUUAGGGGUCUGGGGAGGAUCAUGUAAGGGGGAAAAGAACCAUAUUUUGUAUAAUAAAGAUCAUUUUGGACCAAGA